AUGGAGGGUAAUCUGUGUGCUGAGAGCUUUAUUAAUCGAGCAAUCCUGACACCGUUAAAUGAUGAAGUGGAUUCUAUUAAUGCAUUCAUGAUAGAACAAUUUCAGGGAAGAUCUGUUAAGUACAAGAGUUUUGAUACGAUGCUGAAUGAUUCAUGCAAUGUAUAUCCUACGAAGUUUAUGAACAGUUUGUGUCCAGGUGGAAUGAGCCCUCAUGAGCUAGUGCUCAAGGAAAAUUGUCCAGUUAUCUUGUUACAUAAUCUGCUUCUGUCAUCAUGCUAUGGUACACGUCUUACAUGUAAAUGUUUCUUCCCAAAUGUCAUUCAGUGUGUGAUAGCUACUAGACAGUACAAGGGAGAUUAUGUCUUCAUACAUAGGAUUAAUUUACGCCCAUCUGGAUCUCUAAAUUAUCCUUUUCAGUUUGAAAGGAAACAAUUCCCCAUCAAAUUAAGCUUCGCAAUGACAAUCAACAAAUCUCAAGGUCAAACUCUAAAUCAAGUGUCCAUUCAUCUUCCACGGCCAUGUUUUUCUCAUGGACAGCUAUAUGUUGCUUUGUCCAAAGCUAAGAAAGCAAAAGAUGUUGCUGUUUUUUAUGCUAAACCUCCUAAACAGUAUCCGCCGCACACUGUUAAGAAUGUAGUGGCUUAUGAAGUUCCAAGACUAGCAGGAAAUAGAAGAUGCAAAUAUGAAAUAUUGAAUUAUUAUCCAUGCAUGACAUCAUCGUAUACUAAGGUUUAUACUAAAUCUCUGUACUGA